GAUCCCAGGGUACACAAGCCCCGCAUACCAAAAGCUUACACUGACCAGCAGCUUGCUUUUCUCAGAAGCCACCUUCCAGAAUUCGAACGGAGAUCCCAAGGGUCAAUACGCGGCGAUGCAAAGAAAUUCGCUCUUGAGCGCGCGUCGGAUUUCAUAGUUCGUUUCGGUCUACCCCAAGAGUUCCACGGCGUGGAGGAAUCGGAGGCUCGCUUCAAAGAGCAAAUUUAUAAUUGGUUCAAAAAUACUGUCGGUAGGACAAGACGGAAGCUUGAAGGACGACCAAGAACAUCAUCGAAGAAGUCGACUGAGAAAGCGCUACCCAUCACAAAUGAAAUCGCCCAGACUUGGAAUACGAAUCUCGCAACACCAAAUGUUGUUCCAUAUUCCCAUUCGCUUUCUCAUUCAGAGAGUAACAGCCCCGCGCUCGUCCAGCCCACACCAAUACAGUACGGAAGUUUGCAAUCUAAUUCGACCAUCCAACAGCAGCCACAACCCUCUCCUCAUGCAAUGGUUGCGCAACAGCCAAAUCAUCCCCACCCCUUGGAUCUAGCUGUUAACCAUAACACCCUACGUGAGGGUUUCCUGCAAGGCUUGGAUCCGUCGACCGUCGCAAGCAUGAUACAAACACACGUCGUAUCGAACCCUUCUUCAACGCCCCUCACGCCAGUCAUUGACGCGCUUUUCGAAGCGACGCUUGCCGAUCCCUCGACUUCUUUCAACACUAGAGACCCCCACCCAUACCUCCGCCGAUUCCUAGACGCAUCAACCUAUUUCCCCUCUUCCAUCGUUCACGCUGGCGUAUCUGGCCCCCUGGCAGGCCCAAGAGCGCUUCAAAUGCAGAUACGCAAGUACUCAAUGUGGAUGCCAUCUCAAACAACAACGUCCCAAUGCAGCCCACCAUGCUCGGCGUCGUCGACGUCCUCCAUCUCAGACGAAAUGCAGCGCAUUGCGAACGACAGACAAAGACGGAAAGACCAUAUCCAGUGGGCACGCAUACACGCGGCCGCAUUGGAGUUGGGAAUACUUAAUAUGGGUCGCGCGGAUGCGGAUAACACCGCAUAUGCGUAUGCGAUGAGCAGGGCUUUUUCUGAGAUGAUGGCGCGGGAUGCGGUUUGGGAGUGUGAUGAGGUGGAAUGGGUGGCGGGUAUUUAUGUACUGCGUGCGGUGAUUAGGACCGCGAUAAGGGGGGAUAGGAGGCAAAGGGAUGAAUAUGACGAGCUAUUGAGGACGUAUGAACGGAGAUGGAAGGAAAUUAAAGAUGAGGCUAGGCAAGCCCUUGUGACGGUCUGCCACCUUUAUUAA